AUGGAGAACCACGACGACAUAUCCUCGAGCGACAUCGAGAAAACCCACAGCGUCGAGGUCACAGCUAAGGGAACUCCGCCCAAAGAGUUCGACGUUCCCCCUCGCGACAUCAAGGGAUGGAAGUGGAUUGCUGUCGUGCUGUCGAUCCUGAGCUCGACGUUCCUCUUCGCACUAGACAACACCAUCACCGCGAACAUCCAGGCUGAGAUCGUCCGAGACUUUCAAGCCGUCAAUAAGCUAUCAUGGAUCAGUGUCGGGUUGGUCAUGAGUGCAUCCGCCACUGUGCUUCUUUGGGGGAAAGUCUUCUUCCAAUUCAACACGAAAUGGACCUACAUCAUCAGCGUCGCGAUCUUCGAGAUCGGAUCUGCGGUUUGCGGAUCGGCGCCUAAUAUGGAUGCCCUCAUUGUGGGCCGCGUCCUAUGUGGUGUCGGUGGAUCUGGAUUAUACACUGGUGUGAUCACACUUCUGGCUGCUACCACCACACUUCAAGAGCGGCCAAUGUAUGUAGCCAGCACCGGUAUGACUUGGGGUCUCGGCAUGGUCCUCGGCCCGAUUGUGGGAGGAGGUUUCAGUCAGAGCUCCGUCGGCUGGCGCUGGGCUUUCUACAUCAAUUUGGUUGUUGGAGCGGCCUGUGCCCCGGUCUACCUCUUUCUCAUCCCGAACGUCGACCCCCGCAAAGGAGCUCCUCUUGCCGCCCGAGUCCGUGAGAUCGAUUGGCUGGGAAGUAUUCUCAACCUCGGUGCUUUCCUAUCCGGUGCUAUGGCUAUCUCUUUUGGUGGCUUGACCUGGGCCUGGGGAAGCGGGAACAUCAUCGGCUUGUUCGCCUGCUCUGGCGUGCUGUUCAUUUUGCUUGCGCUCCAACAGGCCUUCACCAUCUGUACCACCGUUACCCGGCGGAUUGUGCCACUAGAGUUCUUCAAAUCCCGGACGAUGCUCAUCCUCUUCGCCUGCACAGCGGCAGCCGGUACAGCUUGUUUCGUCCUCGUCUACUUCGUUCCACUCUUCUUCCAGUUCACCCGGGGCGAUGGUGCGCUUGACGCCGGUGUUCGGCUGCUGCCUUUCAUCAUUCCUUGCAUUGUCAUGAUCUGUAUCAAUGGUGGCGUAAUGUCUGCUUAUGGUCUAUAUAUGCCGUGGUACACCAUUGGAGGUGCUCUCGUGCUCACCGGUGGCGGCCUUUUCUACACUGUUGGUGUUGACACAAGCGCUGGCCAUAUCUACGGAUACAGCGCCCUUACUGGCCUCGGAACUGGAAUGUAUCUCCAAGCUUCAUUCUCGGUCGCUCAAGCUUCUGUCGCCUUUGAUAUGGUGGCGAGUGCCUCGGCAUUCAUCACCUGUGCGCAGGUCGUUGGCACUACUAUUGCUUUGGCUAUCGCCAACAGCGUGUUCUUGAACGAGUCGCAAAAGAGUAUCAUUCACCUUCUGCCAAAUGUAUCUAUUCAGGAAGUCGAGGCCGUGAUUUCGGGUACAUCGACUCUCGUCUCAUCUUUACCCGCUGCGGAGAAAGUGAAGGUUGAGUCGGCUAUCGUGGACGCUAUGGGCGAGACAUACAUACUCGUUAUUGUGGCCGGUGCACUAACUCUAGUGCUUGGUCUGGUAACCAAGCGGGAACGUCUGUUUUUGCAGCCCGGUGCUGCUGCAUAG